UCCUAUCGUUUCUACACCAAGCUCCUUGGUGCUUACAGGAUCUUUGAGCUCUCAUGGCCGAUUGCGCUAUUCACCAGUCUCUUUCUGAGGUGUCGGGUGCAAGAUUGCAUGAUGGAGACGAGAACAUCAUACUUAACCCUAACUUCGACGAUGGGCUCGACAACUGGUCCGGCAGGGGAGGAUGCAAAAUCCUACUUCAUGAAUCGAUGGACGACGGGAAGAUACUUCCACUCGACGGCGGGAAGUACUUCGCUUCCGCAACGGAACGCACUCAGAGCUGGAAUGGGAUUCAGCAGGAUAUCACCGGCAGGGUGCAGAGGAAGCUCGCUUAUGAGGUCACUGCCACUGUUAGGAUCUUCGGCAAAGCUACGACGACCGCCGAAGUCAGGGCAACUCUCUAUGUUCAAACACCGAAUGGUCGUGACCAAUACAUCGGUGUCGGCAAGUUGCAGGCUUCGGAUAAGGAUUGGGUGCAAUUGCAAGGCAAGUUUCUCAUAAAUGGUGUGGCUUCCAAGGCUGUCAUAUUCAUUGAAGGGCCGCCCGUGGACACCGAUAUCCUUCUGAACAGCUUGGUAGUCAAACAUGCAGAGAAGAGCUCUCCAUCGACUCCUCCAGAUUUCGAGAACGUUCUUUACGGAGUCAACGUAAUCCAGAACAGCAAUCUUGUCGACGAUUCUGAUGGCUUAAGUGGGUGGUUUCCUCUCGGCCCCUGUAAGCUGAGCGUCGCCAACAACGGCGCGCCUCGCGUGCUGCCGUCAAUGGCGAGUGACUCACUCGGGACGCACGAACCUUUAAAUGGCCGCUACAUUCUCGUCACCGACCGCACGCAGACAUGGAUGGGUCCUGCUCAGACGAUCACCGACAAGCUUCGGUUGCAUGUGACGUAUCAGGUAUCUGCUUGGGUUCGCCUCGGCCCUCAGAGGAAUGGCCCUCAAAACGUCAACGUCGCUCUCGGCGUAGAUAGCCAGUGGGUAAACGGAGGUCAGGUUGAGGUUAAUGAUCAGAGAUGGUACGAGAUUGGAGGAUCAUUCAGGAUCGAGACGCAGCCAUCGAGAGUCAUGGUUUACGUUCAAGGCCCUUCUUCUGGAGUUGAUCUCAUGGUCGCUGGGCUUCAGAUUUUUCCUGUCGACAGGAAAGCAAGAUUCAAGCAUCUCAAGAAACUUACUGACAAGGUACGAAAACGAGACGUGGUUCUCAAGAUUUCAGGCUCGGAUGGUGAUAGCACUCCGCUUGGGUCGUUCGUGAAGGUUCGGCAGAUGAAGAACAGCUUCCCCUUCGGCUCAUGCGUCAUGCGCACAAACAUUGACAACGAAGACUUCGUGGACUUCUUCGUCAAGAACUUCAACUGGGCAGUGUUCGGGAACGAGCUGAAGUGGUACUGGACGGAGCCGCAGCAAGGGACCUUGAACUAUGCCGACGCCGACGAGCUCUUGGAUCUGUGUAAGAAGAACGGUAUGGAGGCCAGAGGACACUGCAUCUUCUGGGAAGUGGAAAACGCUGUGCAGAGCUGGGUUCGAUCCCUGAACACGAACGACCUGACGACGGCGGUGCAGAAUCGUCUCAAUGGUCUUCUCACAAGGUAUAAAGAUCAGUUCAGCCACUACGACGUCAACAACGAGAUGCUCCAUGGUUCCUUCUAUCAAGAUAGGCUGGGAAAGGACAUAAGAGCCUCCAUGUUCAAGACUGCCAACCAGUUGGAUCCCGCUGCUGCACUGUUCGUGAAUGACUACAAUGUGGAGAGCGCCGCUGAUAUCCGAGCAACUCCUGACACGUACAUCGAGCAAAUACUUGGCCUGCAAGACCAAGGUGCACCGGUUGGAGGAAUUGGACUCCAAGGACAUGUGAGCACCCCAGUAGGGCCUGUGAUAUCCUCUGCACUCGAUAAGCUGGGCAUUCUUGGCCUUCCCAUCUGGUUCACCGAGGUAGAUGUGUCGGCGGCCAACGAGUACGUUCGAGCUGACGACUUGGAGGUGAUGCUCCGGGAAGCGUACGCCCACCCGGCGGUGGAGGGCAUCAUGCUAUGGGGUUUCUGGGAGCUGUUCAUGAGCCGAGACAAUGCGCACUUGGUGAACGCUGAAGGUGACCUUAAUGAAGCAGGACGGAGGUACCUGAAACUUAUGCAGGAGUGGCUGUCGCAUGGUCAUGGGAAACUUGAUGAACAAGGUGAGUUCAAGUUCAGAGGCUUUCAUGGCACUUACAGCGUUGAGAUCAUUACUCUCACGAAGAAGAUCUCUCAGACCUUCACUGUUGAAAAGGGUGAUUCUCCACUCGUCGUCAACAUAAGUUUAUAGAAAGAGACUCCAUGGUGUUCUUUGAGAAGAAAGAAAAGAUAAAAGAGAGAGAACCCACAGUCAAUGGUAUGUUACACAAAUAAGAGACUGCAUCUUAAUCAUCACUCUGUGAUUCUACGCAUGAGAUUGAUCACUGUAAUGGAUAUGUAAUGUGGCAUUCAAUUAAUUGUGAUAUUCCCCCAAAAAAUAUAAAUCUAAAGCUGUCAACAGUUUGAUCUCUUCAUGCAAUA